UUUCAUCUCACUAGGAAAAGCAAAAAUAAAGAUUGAAGCUUGGAAAGUGAAAACUUUAAAUACAAGAUUAUUAAAGCGUGGGAAGAUAAUUUUUAGUUGUUUUUUAUUCUAGCUACCUUAGCUAAUUUUAAUUUUAUAUAUUAAAGCUCUGUUUUAUUAAAUAGUACACUACAAUAGAAUAUAAAACUCUAUUUUACAAUGUACAUGUAUGUGUUUGUAUGUUAUUAGAUAAUCUUACUAGCUACAACACAAAGCUGGAGUUUAUAGUGAAGGAGACCUCUGACUUCUCAACGAUCAAACACUCAAAACUCCAACCCCUAGUUCUUCUACAACAUGAACACUAUCCGUACUCAAACGAUGCUACCUCCCAUUCAACUAGUAUCGGUAAUGGGCCUACCUGCUGGAAAGAUGCCAGUUUACUCCACUCCACAAAUCCCACAGAACCCCAACCCCAACUCUUGGAUGGAAAGGUGCCUUCAAGAGCAGUCCAUUGCACUCCAGGUUCAAACGGGUCACGGGGAGAUGAUGCUUCUCCUUCAAGACCCGACAGUCCUAGCCAUCUUCGCGGCGGAUGUGAUGAGGAGAGCAAUGGAAACAUACAAUCAGCAUCUAUGGAUAUCAACGGUUCUCCAACCACCAAUGCACUACCAGCUUCUAACAUUACCCUUCUUCAAUGUCCCAAUCUGGGAGACGCUGACUGUGGGGCCAAUGCAACAGCCAUACCAGAUGGGAGGGUCCAUCCAUGUCGAUACCGCCAUUAAUGCCCAACUUCAAGGAUAUCGACCCACUCUACCACCAUUGGCAAGUAAGCGGGAACAUUUCAUCAAAAAGGGAUCUUCUCCUCAACUUGGGGACCCCGAGGCUACUGCAUGAGCCUAGAUACAUAACAGUGUAGCUGACAAGCUUGCGAAGCAAGGGCAGAAGUUAACAAGCAGUACCUGUUUUGUAGCAUGGAUGGAACCACUGGAUUUUGUUUACUCUCUGAUCAAAGCAAACACUGAUGAACCUGUGUAUGAUGGGCCUGUUGUGCCCUUUUUAAAAUGGGAAAACCACAAAAAAAUCCUAGCUAAAGAAAGUAAUUAUACAAAAUCCCCAUUGGUUUUCUCUUUCCCUAAUUUCAACAAAAAUACUAAUACAUUUGGCCAUUUAUUAUACAUGUGUCGAAUGUAUGAGGAAACACAAAUUCCUUAAAUUAAGGAAACUGAAAUGAUUAGGUUGUUUAGUGUUUUUAAAGUCACGCACCUAAUUAGCUACCUUUAGUUUUUUUUUUGUGUUGGAUAUUUGUAUGAACUUGUAUUUGAAUUUCAAAGUGUAUGUUAAGCCCCAUUUUUUUUUUGUC